AUGGGAGCACCGCCGACCCCCGUGCCGCACGGCACGGAUCCUGAGCCCGACACGCGCCGUGAAGACCCCGACAUUGAGCUUGCAUCGGAUGUAGGCGAGACGGAAGGACUUGGCGUGAGCCGGAACGCGUGGGCGGACGACGACGUCGAGAACGAGAUUCCCCUCACGACGCCCUUUUUGGCGUCGACCAUGGCGUGGCAGUCUGUCCCGUCUCAUAAUGCGAGCGAUGCACCUCUGCCGAUGAGUGCAUCGGACCGUGUGCGGCUGGUCCUUCGCACGGCCGGCAUGCUUGCGGCGCUCCUGGUCGGCAGUAUUCUGUCCGUGGUGCUUAUUGUCUGGCUCGCGCUGCCCGUCUUUGCCGACGAGGACCGCUCCGCGCUGCGCAUCCCACGCACCUUUGAGCAGCUCCAAGCCCUGAACGGAGUCUUGCAAAACUACAGUCAUACCCAUUUUGUCCGUGUGAUGAUCGCCUGGACUACGAUCUAUUUGUUUUUGCAGACCUUUUCCGUGCCAGGCUCCAUGUACAUGAGCAUUCUCGCAGGCGCCAUGUGGGGCAUGCCGGUUGCACUGCCGCUGGUCUGCGUGUGCAUUGCAACGGGCUCGACACUGUGCUUCCUGCUGAGCCGCUACGCCGGCCAGGUGCUCUACGUGAUUCCGCGCUGGGAGCAGCGCAUUGCGGCCUGGACGGUCGUCGUGCAGCAGUACGAUAACAAUAUGCUGUCCUACCUUACCGUGCUCCGCAUGAUGCCGGUGCCUCCAGACUUUGUGAUCAACAUUGUCGCGCCGCACCUCGGCGUCGAAAUCAAAACGUUUUGGCUCUCGUCGUUCCUCGGCGUGAUUUCCAUGACGCUCAUCCACACGGCGAUCGGCGAGGAGCUGAGCGACAUGUCGAGCUCGAGCGACUUUCACCUCUUUAGCCUCAAGAACAUGCUCAUUAUUCUCGUCGUGGGUAUCGCCAUGGUCGUGCCCGUGCUGGUCAAGCGGUACGUCCAGCCGCCCGAGGACCCCGAGAGCACCCACGGCCCGAUCCACCUUGACGAUGCGCCCGAGCCUGCUGCGCGGACGUGGCGCGAGCGCGCUCGGAGCGGCGUACAGCGCUUGCUCACCAUGAUCCAUCCUUCGUGGCGCUCGUCCAAUCGAGCAGUCGACGCGGUGCGCAUCGACGAUGCAUACGGCAGCGACGGCGAGUUUGGCGACGAGUCUAUCUCUGCGUGGCGCACCGUCACCCGCGACACUCACGCGACGGGCCGCGCCCUCGAGACGAUGCCGAGUCUCGCGACGGACGACGCAUUCAACAGCGACGAAAGCGACGUGGAGGACGAGCGUGGGGUCCACUCCAUGUUUGACGCGCCCACCGCCUCGCCCUCCAACUGGCCGGCGCGCGCGGCACACUAUGCCCAGCAUUCGGCGCAGUUUGCAGAUCAUGCGCCAAAUGCCGCACGGCGGUUGCUACAGCGUUUGGGUGUAUCUUUGUAG